AAAUGUGUCAUUUGAUNACCUUUUAUUAAACCCACCCACCCCCAAAUGAUGUUCCAAUUUCCAGUCCCUAAACUGAUCUUGAAUCAUGCGCUUUUCCUUUAAUAGAUCAUUGCCUUGAUGUUUUCUUUCUGGGUCUCUAUUGAAAUACACAGGACAAGCUUUUCAGUUUUGGGUUUUUGUCGUUUCGGGUUGAUUUUAGUUUUGGUAGUUUUUGUUGACUUGUUAAUGAUUUCAUGGAGAUGGAAUCUGAGCUGUUUACCCUUCUUUCUAUGUGUGAUCACGACACGUUUCCUUCAAGAUGUCCCUAAUCUCCAUUGCAAUUAACAAAGCAGUACAAAAGAAUGGUUCGUAGGGCCGAUCUCGUCAUUAUUGGCAUCUCGGUUGGAUUAGCUGUGGGGGUACUCACCGCAACUAUUGUGUUCCUCGCCAUCUGUUGGUACAGAAAACGCACGCGGCUCAGUCGGUGCACAGCCGAUGGCUCGGCUGCCACUCUCCCGAUUCGCCCCAACGGCCUCAAUGCAAGCAUCGACUCGAGUGCCUCUCUUUCUAAGUCUUUGAAUGUGACCGAAUCGUAUUAUAUUAACCCAAAGCCUCGAAAUUCUUGGUGGACCAUGCAAAGGAAAGAACCGCUUGCUUCUGCUUCGGGUAUAUUGAGAUACAAUUACAAGGAUAUUCAGAAGGGGACAGGGAACUUCACUGCAAUUCUAGGACAGGGUUCGUUUGGACCCGUGUAUAAAGCUACCAUGCCAGCUGGCGAGGUGUUUGCUGUGAAAGUUCUUGCUUCGAAUUCGAAACAAGGGGAGAAAGAGUUUCAGACGGAGGUUUCCUUGCUUGCUCGGCUGCAUCAUCGAAAUUUGGUGAAUUUAGUUGGAUAUUGUGUAGAUAAAGGGCAACGAAUGUUGGUUUAUGAGUACAUGAGCAAUGGAAGCCUGGAAAACCUUCUAUACAAUGACGAACGAGUUUUGAGUUGGGAAGAUCGACUCCAGAUCGCGCUUGACAUUUCACAUGGCAUUGAAUAUCUUCACGACGGGGCAGUGCCUCCAGUUGUACAUCGAGAUUUGAAGUCUGCCAACAUAUUGCUCGAUAAUUCCAUGAGAGCAAAAGUUGCCGAUUUUGGGCUCUCGAAAGAACGAGUUUUUGAUGGUCACAGUUCAGGCUUGAAAGGUACAUACGGAUACAUAGAUCCCGUGUACAUAUCAACGAGCAAUUUCACAGAAAAAAGCGAUGUCUACAGCUUCGGCAUUAUUCUCUUUGAGAUCAUCACCUCCAUUCACCCGCACCAAAACUUGUUAGAAUACGUCAAUCUUGCGGCUAUGAGUCCAGACGGUGUGGAUGAGAUAAUCGACACGAAGAUUGUCGGGACAUGCAAUGUUGAAGAAGUGAGGAAUUUAGCGAAAAUUGCUCACAAGUGUUUGCACCAAAGACCAAGAAAACGCCCUUCGAUUGGUGAAGUUUCCCAAGCAAUCUCAAGGAUAUUACAGAGGCGUUUAGUCAAAGAAGGGUCAAUUUCAUUUGCCAGUGGAGAUUUCUCACGAGUCGUGAGCCGGAUUGAAAUACAGCAUAUGGAAAUCGGAAGAAUGAGUAGCAUUGACGAGAGGGUAAAUGGAUGAACACUAUAUUUACAGCGGUUAGUAAUGUUGUUACUCCCUAUGAUGUAAAUGAUUCUCAAACAGUGUUUUUUUGCAAAGAAUGUCAAUAGAGAAUAGUUUCUUGUUGCAGUUUUCAUAUAGUUUGGUUGAAUAUGAGAUUGAAAUUUAUUUAAUGAUUAAAAGGUCAUUCUGUUUACAAAUAGCUUGCACGUUCUAAGUAGGGCUGCAAUCGAGUCGAGUCGAGCAUGGACCUUGUCAAGCGUAAAUCGAACUUUUUUCUUCAUUGCUCGAGCUUGAGAUCGACGAGCCAUGCAAAAUCUGCAGAUCGAACGUUAAUUUUCAUUUUUCUUAUUAAGGCAGAAUAAUUGUAUAGAUCUUGAAAAAAGAAAAAUCAUCACUUCGUAAAUUUUAAUAUGUUCCAAUGUACAUAUUUCUUUUAC